CAGGGCGUGGAGGGCGUUGGGAUGAGACUGGUGGCUGCUUAGUCGAUAGACUGGGCGGGGUUGGGACGCAGGCGGGACCCGUGGGGACGCGAGUCCUGGGCGCCUAGAUGCCCAAACAGAGGCGACCGCGGGCUCGGCUUGGCCUCGACCUCUCGGCACCCUUGGACCUGUGCACCCUGGCCGUCUGCCCUUGGUCCCCAGCCGGCCAUGCCCUCACCCGCGCCUCCCACCGAGCUGCUGCCGUGGGAGCGCGCCGUGGUGCUGCUGUCGUGCGUGCUGUCAGCGCUGGGCUCGGGCCUCCUGGUGGCCACGCACGCCCUGUGGCCUGACCUGCGUAGCCGGGCGCGGCGCCUGCUACUCUUCCUGUCGCUAACGGACCUGCUCUCGGCUGCCUCGUACUUCUACGGGGUGCUGAAGGACUUUGCGGGCUCUUCGUGGGACUGCGUGCUUCAGGGCGCGCUCUCUACUUUCGCCAACACCAGCUCCUUCUUCUGGACGGUGGCCAUCGCCCUCUACCUGUACCUCAGCAUCGUCCGAGCUGCGCGCGGGCCCAGCACGGACCACCUCCUCUGGGCCUUUCACCUCGUCAGCUGGGGUGUCCCACUGGCCAUCACAGUGGCCGCUGUCUCUCUAAAGAAGAUAGGCUACGAUGCUUCAGAUGUGUCCGUGGGCUGGUGCUGGAUCAACCUGGAGGCUGAGGACCGUGUCCUGUGGAUGCUGCUGACUGGGAAGCUGUGGGAGAUGCUGGCGUAUGUCUUACUGCCUCUGCUUUACCUUCUGGUCAGGAAACACAUCAACAGAGCGCACCAGGCGCUCUCGGAGUACCGGCCCAUCUGGGAGGGGCGCCAGCUGCAGCGGGGCUCCUCCGCCAUGGCUGAUAAGAAACUGAUCCUGAUUCCCCUCAUAUUCAUCUGCCUCCGGGUCUGGAGUACCGUGCGCUUCGCCCUGACCCUCUGUGGCUCCCCAGCUGUGCAGUCUCCGGUGCUGGUUGUUCUGCAUGGCAUCGGGAACACCUUCCAGGGAGGGGCCAACUGCAUCAUGUUCGUCCUCUGCACCCGCGCAGUCCGCACGAGGCUCUUCUCCCUUUUCUGCUGCCGCUGCUAUCCUCAGCCCUCGACCCAGAACCCCUCUGGAGCUCCUGCUCCCCCCAGGAUGAGAGAAUCUCAGGAAUCCGGACUGAUCCCAGAAGUUCCCAGCACUUGAGGGGUUGACUUUCCUCAUUGCUCGCACCACACCGGCGCCGCCUUCCUGGUUCAUGCUGCGGAGACAGGGUCAUGCGCACUGGAAGCCUCAACUGGUGAAGCUCGGACCCACCCCCGUGAAGGAACGGCCAUCAGUGCAGCCUCUUCUACCUCCUCUUCUCAGGCAGGCCGUGGACACCCGCGUACUGGUUCCGUGUCCCGGUUCAGUGGGGUUUAUUUGUGGAAGCCCAAAGAUGUGGGAUUCGGGACGCCAGCAAUGCAGGAUUCUGUCAGGGCACUGGUUCUCAGUGUCCUGCGGCCACCGGCACUGUUCACUGUCUGAGGGACUCAGAUCCAUGGACCUCUCCCACAGGUGACUGAUAAUGUGUCAUGGAUUACAGAGAUGCGUCUACCCAGACAUCACAGAAUGGGGUCCAGGUUUGCCAGGGAACUGAGAUCCCCUGGAGAGCCUGGAGUAGUUAGAGGUGAACAGUCCCCAGUCCACGGAGGUCACAGGAGACUCCUUCAUGGCACCCAGGCACACACUCAUGGGCAUCUCCCGGGUUCUCUGCUAGGGUCAUAGGCCCUCAAUAUUUAUUGCAUUGAAUUUCAGCACAGGCCAGAGUCCAGAGUCUUGUCCCGUUAGUCAAUCACAUAACAUCCAGGUCCCUUCCAGUACCAGGACAGACGGCAGCUCAGCUCUAGUCCCUAAGGACGACACUAUUUCACUCACCCCUGUUCUCAGUGAUUCACGUAGGGGUGAGUUGGGAGGGCGUCUGACUUUGUUUAGUUGUAUUUUGUUUGUUUGUUUUGUUUUUUUUUUUGUAGGAAAGGUGAUCGGAGAGCUGGCGAACGGUCCAAAUACUGAUUCCUCCCGAAGGGAAGUGUUUUGAGAUUCAGCCUUGAGCUGGGAUGUAGCUCAGUGGUAGUUGCCAGGUUGGUCCCUGCACCAAAAAUAUUUUAAAAGCCUUUUUUUUUUUUUUUUUGUAGUUAUUUGUGGCAUAUGGAAAGAGGAUUCUGAGAUGAUUACAUUAAUUUUAUUGUUUGAGACAGGAUCUCAUUACGUAGCUCUGGCUGGCCUGGAACUUGCUAUGCAGACCAGGCUGACCUCUAACUCACAGAGAUCUACCUGCCUCUGCCUCCCAAUAAUUACAUCUUUAAAAAAUGUUUUGUUUGUUUUGUUUUGUGCUCUCUGUACUAGGGCCUUGUGUCCGUUAGGCAAGUGCUCAGCCUCUGGGUUCUACCCAAGCCUUCCUUUUAGUUUUUGUUUUGAGACAGAGUUGCCUAGACUGGCCUUGAACCCCUGUCAGCCAGGCUGGUCUUGAACUUGUGAUUUUCCUACCUCAACCUCCCAGGAAGCUAGGAUUACAGCCUUGGACUACCAUGCCCCACCAGAGAAGAGCAUAAGUGAGCUGUGUGUCCGUUUCUACUCAGUGGCUCUUCCAGCUGCACUUCCUCGAUUCAGAGAGCACUCAGAACGGGAAGUGUGACCGCCACCUUGCGGCCGGUCGAGGAAACGUUCUGCUAUACCUGUGCCCUUGGAUUCUGUCGGUACCCCGCAAAGCUGAGAGGGUCACAGAGCACAGUAAAGCGGCUCAGGGUGAGAGCAGAGCCACACUGGGCCAUCGAUUCCCAUUUUGCUCUCAAAACGACAUCUCUCUCAGGAAAGGAAUAGUCACUCAGAGGACUGUGUCCAUACGCUCCUUUUCUGAUUUCCCUAGAAAGCAUUUCUUUAGGAAAAUCUGCAAGAGGUGGGCUCCCUCUUGGGAGUCAAAGACAGCUCCUGGGCAGGGGGCUGUCUGUUUACAGAAACAGCCAACGUCGGGCGUAGGGCAUGCUGAGGUCCUGUGAGGAUAUAACAGCCAAUUUGUGCACUGCCAAGCAUGGUCCCCUGGCUUCUAAAAUGGAACCGAAAUUUGAGGAAUUUGUUUCCUGCAGAGGAGAAAAUGAUCUACAAACACCACAGAGGAAAUGAUAUUGGAAUAAACCCAGCUGGGCAGGGCAUUGUGGAGCCCUGGCUGUCUGAGGCCUUGUUCAGAAAAAGCCUGCAGAGGGAGUCGGGGGCCUUAGAAAGCAUGCCCUAGCUGGAGUCGGGGGCCUUAGAAAGAAUGCCCUAGCUGGAAUCGGGGGCCUUAGAAAGAAUGCCCUAGCUGGAAUCGGGGGCCUUAGAAAGAAUGCCCUAGCUGGAAUCGGGGGCCUUAGGAUGCCCUAGCUGGAAUCGGGGGCCUUAGAAAGCAUGCCCUAGUUGGAAUCGGGGGCCUUAGAAAGCAUGCCCUAGUUGGAAUCGGGGGCCUUAGAAAGCAUGCCCUAGCUGGAAUCGGGGGCCUUAGGAUGCCCUAGCUGGAAUCGGGGGUCUUAGAAUGCCCUAGCUGGAAUCGGGGGUCUUAGAAUGCCCUAGCUGGAAUCCGGGGCCUUAGAAAGCAUGCCCUAGCUGGAGCCCGGGGCUCACUCAAGCUCUCUCUUUGAUGACUGAUGACAGGAUAGCUGUCUGUAAAACCCUCCACCAAGUCGACACUUUGGCUCCCUCCAUCCUCUCCCACACUGCCCUGUCACUGCAGGUGAAUGGUGGUGACCCCAGGCUUGGUGCCUCUAGCCCUGUGAGCUCACAGACAUCAACCUUAGUGGGUGUGGAGGGUGCUCAGAGUUCAGAACCGAAGACAAAAGGAAGGUGAGUGGGUCCCCAGUGCCAGGGGGAGGCACUAGAGGCUGCCAGCUCCCAUGUUGCCUUGCUCAGUCUGGAGGCUUUCUAUCUCUAUUAAUAUUAAUAUUAAUGUUAUUCACAUUUAUCUGCAUCUGCCCCUCAGUCACCCAAAUGUGACCUCAGCCUUAACGGGUGCUACAGCCCUUGCCAUGUCCCCAUCACCCUUUGUCAGCACUUUGUGACUCUCGUUCUCCUGGUCAGUUGCCAGCUGCUUCCUGCCUCUGUCCAUCUGAGGCUUUUUUUUUUUUUUUUGGCGAUAUGUAUACAUAUCACCAAAUAUGUUUGUAUAUAUGUGUGUGUAUACAUAUAUAUUUUGCAGUAUAUAUGUAUAUAUCUCAAUAUAUAUGCAUACUAUAUAUACACAAAUAUAUACAUAUAUUUUGUGAUAUGUAUGUAUGCCUAUUGCAAAAAUGUUUAUAUGUGUAUAUAUGCAUAUAUUUGCCAUAUAUAUGCAUAUGUAUAUAUACCACAAUAUAUACAAUGUAUAUACAUAUAUAUUUUUGUGAUGUAUGUCUAUAUCACAAAAUAGGUUUAUGUAUAUAUGUCUAUAUAAUUUUUGGAGAUAAAAUUUGGCCAGGGGAUUAAGCCUAGGCCUUUGUGCGUCCUAGACAAGUGCUCUAGUACUUAGCUGUUUCCCAGUCCUUUUUUGAGUUUUGAAGCAAGGGGUUCUCACUAGUUGUCCAGGCAGGCCUUGAACUUGAGAUCCUCCUGUCUCAGUUUCACUGUUUCUGGAAUUGCAGGCCUAUGCCACCAAACCCAGCCAACUUUCUGAAGCCUUCUAGUUCAUUCUUUCUCUCUCUCUCUCUCUCUCUCUCUCUCUCUCUCUCUCUUAAAAGAAUAAUAAAGAUUACAUGUGUCCGAAGCUUAGAGUGCAAAUGAAGCCAUUUGUUUGUCUUUACUUUGUUUUUUUUUGUGUGUGUGUGUGAAUGCUUUCGUGUAUGUAAGUGCACAUAUGUGUGCAGUGCCCUUGGAGGCCAGAGGGAGGCUGACCCCCAGAAACUGGGGCUAUGGGUAGUUGUGAGCAGAGGGUAGAGGGAACUAAAACAGGGUUCUCUGCAAGCACAGCAAAUGCUCCUAACUGCUGAGCCGUCUCUCAGGCCCUUCUUCAUAUGUUUUUAUAAACUCACAGUUGUGGCGCAAUUAAGUCUAGCAUGAGAUUGUUUGGAAGCAUGAUGUUAACCCUGGCUGGGUGAAAGUCCAAACUCUUGCUGUUUUAAAUUAAAUGAAUUGAUUAUUUUUU